AUGCUAUGCGACUUGAAUAUUGUUUUCCCCGUGCAAAAUUUCAACGAACAGAUCACGAGGGGACAGCUCAAUGAGGUGAAAAACACCCUCAACGUCGCAGAACAGCUCGGAUAUACCCAUGUUGCUCUCAAUUUCAGGCCGAUAACCGCAACCAGCAAAAACAACAAGACGAAACUGCCCAACGACUUGAACGAGUUGAACCCGAUCAACAUAGACCGAGAUUUCAAGGAGUUCCGGACGAGAUUGAAGCUGUACACGAGAAUCACGGUGAGAGUGGACGAUCCGACGCAAUGCCAGUACGUGGCGAAGUUCCAGCAGGUCUUUGAUAUUGUCGCAGUGGAGCCGAUAACGGAAAAGUCGUUCCAAUCUGCCAUUUCGAAUUUGGAGAUAGACAUCAUCUCGUUCAACCUACUCGAGAGACUACCUUGUUUCAUGAAGCACAAGACCUUAUGCUCGGCAAUCGACAAGGGCAUGAUGUUCGAGAUAAAAUACACAGAUUUUCUAAGCAACAAAAGCAGAGCACAGGUUAUAUCGAACACAAAACAGAUCAUACGGGCGAGCCGAAAUCGGGGGAUGAUCUGCUCGAGCGGGUGUUCUGUGGACAGGCCGUUCCAGCUACGAAACUACAACAACGCGAUGCCGCUCUUGAAGAUGCUCGGUGUCGACUCCAACAGAUGCAGCAUGAUGUUUCAGGACUGGAGCUUGAAGGUGUUGCUAAACGGCAGACUGAGGAUAAAGUCGUACAAACAGACGAUCUCUGUGGGUGGGGAGGAUUGGACGUCGAACCCCGAGAAGGUCAGCAAUGUGAAACAGGGCGUAGAGGCCUACAAAAAACGCAGGACCGAGUCGGCCCUUGAUAGAGUUUUGAAGAAGCAGAAAAGCUGA